AUGGCGGCGGCGCUGGAGCGGGCGCUGGGCCCGGCGGCGCCGGGGCGAGGCUCGGAGGCGCCGCUGCCGCCGCUGCCGCCGCUGCCGGUGCUGGUGCUGGGCCCGGCGGGCUCGGGCCGCACCUCGCUGCUGUUGCGGGCGGCGCUGGCGGGCGGCGCCGACGGGCCCCGAGCGCUGUUCCUGGCGCCCAGCGCCGUCCCGCGGCUCCCGGGAGGGCCCGGCGGGCCCGGCACCGACCCGAGGGCGCUGCAGCGCCUGCAGCUGCGCUACCCCCGCUCGCGGCUGUCGCUGUGUCGGGAGCUGCUGUCGCUGUCGCUGUCGCCGCGCCCCGCUCCGUCCCUGCUGCUGCUGGACGGGCUGGAGCGCUACCUGUCCCCGGCCGUGCCCGCCUGGCGCCUGGCCGCGCUGCUGCUGGAGCUGGCGCGCGUGCCCCGCCGCUGUCCCCAAGGUGUCCCCGCGCAGGUGGUGGCGGCGCUGCGCCUGCCCCCGCCCGGCCCGCGCGUGCUGGGCGCGCUGCUGCGGUUCUUCCCCGCGCGGUGUCACCUCAGCGUGGCAGGGACAGGCGACACGGGGCACAGCCGCCCGCGCCACGUGCGGGUGACGCUGCGCUGCCCCGGGAGCGCCACCCGGAGGUGGCGGCUGCGCCUCGGGGACAGCGGUGGCAGCGAGGGGGACAGACAGAGGGACAGCGGCUGGGACAGCCCUGGGGACAGCGAUGGGGACAGCGAUGGGGACAGCGAUGGGGACAGCGAUGGGGACAGCGGCGGCAAGGAGGAGUGGAUGUGACACGGCCACUGCAGGGGGACACGGAGCCGAUGGCACCUCCUCAGUGACAAGGACGCGAUGUCACCCCCCACUGGUGACACGGACCCAUGGAUGACACGGACCCGAUGUCAUCCCCUCAGUGACAAGGAUGCGAUGUCACCCCCCCCAUUGGUGACAUGGACCCAGGGGUGACACGGAGCCGAUGUCAUCCCCUCAGUGACAAGGACGCGAUGUCACCCCCCCCAGUGGUGACACGGACCUGAUGUCACCCCCUCAGUGACAAAGACUCGAUGUCACCCCUCCAUUGGUGACACGGACCUGAUGUCACCCCCUCAGUGACAAGGAUGCGAUGUCACCCCCCCCAUUGGUGACACGGCCACCCCAUGGAUGACACGGACCCGAUGUCACCACCCCCGUCGGUGACAGAGACUCGAUGUCACCUCCCAUUGGUGACAAGGACACCAGGAGUGACACGGACCCAAUGUCACCCCCCCAUCACUGGUGACACCCCUGAUGUCACCCCCCCGUCACUGGUGACAAGGACCCGGCGCGUGACAGGGACUCGGUGUCCCCUCCCUGUGUCCCCUCCCUGUCCCUGGUGACAAGGACCUGACGGGUGGCACGGCCUCAGUGUCCCCUCCCUGUCCCUGUCCCUGUCCCUGUCCCCUGCCAGGCGCUGGGCACAGGGAGGUGACACUGGUGACACACUGGUGACACACUGGUGACACACUGGUGACACACUGGUGACACGGUGCCAGGUGUCCCCACCCGGGCCCAGCUGGGGGUUCCUGAUAAGCCUUAUCAGCCCCUCCCCCACCCAGCCCAGCCCGCCUGGGCCGCCCCUGCAGGGCCCCAAUGUCCCCAAAAUGUCACAAAAUGUCCCCAGGUCCUGUGCCAGUGCUCCCAGUGUCCCCAGAGUGUCCCCAGGUCCUGUCCCAGUGCUCCCAGUUACCCCCAGUGCCCCCCAGUGU